AUGUCGUAUUCCUUCCGUGUGUCCUCUACGCGCAACGUCGCGUAUCAACAGGACAACGAGUACAGUAUUCAAUUGAAUCGCUGGUUCCUAAAACCAAUCGGUGCUUGGCCACGGACCAACGCUGGUAUCGCCGAUAAGGUGCUAUCACGUGGUAUCCAAUUUGUCUGUCAUUCUCUGAUCGCCUUCACGGUGGUGCCGUGCGCGUUAUAUAUCAUAUUUGAGCCGGAUGUGCAUCUAAAGUUGAAGGCUUUCGGUCCGAUGAUACACUGGCUGAUGGGCGGCGCGAACUAUUGUUCAUUAUUGAUGCGUAGCUGUAAGAUACGCAAGUGCGUGGACCAUAUGCGUGCCGAUUGGCAGUACGUGGGAACAACACGCAAUCGUGAGGUGAUGCUGCAAAAUGCAAAAUUCGGUCGAUUUGUGUCCGCCUUUUGCGCGGUCUUCAUGCAAGGCGGUGUCUGUUCCUACAGUAUCAUUACCACUCUGACACCGGCGAACAUUCGGAUCGAGAACGUCACAAUAACUACGCACCAGCUUCCAUGUCCGUUCUACACGGAGCUAGUGGACACUAGAUACAGUCCAGCGAACGAAAUUGUGAUCGUCCUACAAUUGUUGUCAACUGUCAUAGUAAACUCCGUCACGGUGGGCGCAUGCAGUCUCGCUGCGGUCUUCGCCAUGCAUGCCUGUGGCCAGUUAAGCAUUCUAAUGAUAAGAUUGGACGAACUUGUCGACGAGACAGAAAGUGAAUAUAAGGUCACACGACGAAAAUUGGCUAUUAUCGUAGAGCAACAUCUCCGUGUACUGAGUUUUGUAUCGCAGAUAGAAACGAUUAUGCAUCAGAUAUGUCUCGUCGAAUUAUUAGGGUGUACUACUGAUAUAUGUAUGCUCGGAUAUUAUACGAUUACGGAAUGGAAAUUGCACGAUACUAAAAAUUUGCUUACGUACUUUACUAUAUUCAUAGCCAUGUCAUGCAACAUUUUUAUAUUUUGUUAUAUUGCUGAAAUCCUCACAGACCAGUGUCAAAAAAUAGGAGAAAUGGCAUACAUGACAGAGUGGUAUCGAUUACAUCAUAAAAUUGCAAUCGACCUAAUUCUAAUAAUUUCAAGAUCAAAUGCCGUUAUUAAAAUAACUGCCGGAAAAAUGAUUCAACUAUCUAUUGCAACUUUUGGAGAUGUCAUGAAAACAUCAUUUGCAUAUUUAAAUAUACUCAGAACAGUAGCGACAUAA